AUGGAUCAAUCACCUCAAACUCAAACUUCAGUCGUUCGUAAGGCAGUCAAGAAGAAGCGUAAUAAUUCAGAUAAGGGCGUUACUAUAGAUGAGAUAGAUCAAAAGGUUGGUCAAAAUUCCUUGACCAUCAAAGAUGGAAAAAUUCCCAUGGAUUCGGCAAAACAAACUGCCGAGACAGAAUCAAUUCUCAAUGUGGCCGAAAACGAUGACUUUCGUGGCAAUUCAGCAAUUCCUAACGAUUCUAUUGAAAACAAAGUUCACUGUAAGGCGGCGGACACCAUGAAACAAGCAGAAGCUCUAUCUAUACAAAAACAACCGAACAUUUCUACGUCAGAUCAAAUCAAGCGCAAUACGAUCGCGUCGAUCUCGAAUGCUGAACAAGUUGAAGAUUUGCCGGUAAAAGAACCAACUGCCGUUGGACAAGACGUCGUAGCUGUAUCUCGUAAUUCGGAACAACCAGAAUCAAUUAUCAAUAACGAGCAGGACGAAAUUUUAUUUCAAUCUGGAUCUCAGGGCCAACAUAAACGUGGUCUACCAGCGGGUUGCCUUUUUGUCGCAAGUUUACCAACCAACAAAAAGGAAAUUGAGCUUCAACAAGCUGUUGCAGACCAUUUCCGUAAAUGGGGUACUCUUCUUAAUGUUAAGGUUUUGUUCGACUGGUUAAAUCGGCCUUAUUCUUUCGUUCAGUUUGAGAGCAUUGAAGAUGCUCAACGAGCUCUAACUGAAGCACAUAAUUCAAUCGUCGAUGGACGUCAUAUUCGCGUUGAAAAAGCAAAAGUCAAUCGGACAUUACUUAUUGGUCGCUUUAGUCGCGAUAUGAAAGAAGAUGAUAUUACAAAACUUCUUGAACCUUAUGGAGAUACUGAGGACAUUCAUAUUUUAAAAGAUUAUCGAACAGGCCAAAGUCGUGGAUCAAAUCUUGAGAAAGCAACACCUGGUCCCGGUGAUAUAGAUAAAGGCACUAUAUUUGUUGGACAACUUAAUCCAGACGCUGUAACUAAAGAAGUGCUUGAACAAAAAUUCAACCGUUACGGCGAAAUUAAAGAUCUUCGACUUGUUACUAUAAAAAAGCCUGGACCUGUUGGUCGCAUGAAUGUGCGUUCGGCUUUUGCUUUUAUUCGUUAUGAUGACGAAAAUGCUUCAACAAAAGCAAUUGAAGCCGAGAACAAUACCAAAUAUUUUGAUAGAAUAAUUCGUGUGCAGUACCGUGAGUCUCCUGAAUACCGUAAUUAUCAAAUUCAAAUGCUGCGACAACAGCUUGAAGUUCGACAGCGAGCAUUACAGACUAUUUCUUCCUACGAAAAAUCAAAUAAUGUUCGAAUGUCUUUAAGGCCACCAGCUUUGUCGAAAGCUGCAGUUGAACGGGCUUCAGGAAAUGCUGCCCAUAAGCCAUUUUCGAAUCGUAACCGUUAUAUGCGCCCUGCAUCUGUAUCAAAUAUUGGAAAUGUAGGUGGUACUAAAUCUUUUGAUAGGCUUUCAAGUUCUAACCGUCGAAGUAGCGGUAGAAAGUCAUCAAUUAAAAAUAAAGGACCUAAUCCUGGCUAUGAUACGAAUUAUGCAACUAUGAAUGUUCUAAAUGGGUAUAUAUGUUUAAAUCAGAAUAUUCCUCUAGUUAUUUAA